AUGCUUCCGAAAUGUCAAGGCCCGACAUGGGCCAUUGACGACCUGUCGCAUUGCUUUCAGCGCAAUGUUCUGCAAGUCUCGCUACCGCUGGGCGCGUGCGCCUUAUCCCUUCUCAUCCUCCUCCUCCACCUCGUUUACCGAUACGUUGCCUCCCGGAAAUCUGUAGCGUACAAUGUUCUUUCCAAUGAAGCGACAGACAAUGAGAAUAUCGCACCAUCUCCCGAGAAUGAAUCGGACUCUCUUCUCCAACGAGCUGUGCAGAUUGAACAAGUAAAGCUCGAAUUGGAUCGUCCACGGGGAGAGGUGACCGUGGUGGCUGUUGAAAUCGCAGCGCUUAUCGGUGAGGUCGCUCUCCACGUCGUCAUUCUCACGAUAGCAGGAUGGGGGCGUCAUGGAGCUCUGCCUGCGACAGCAGGUCUGAUCUCAUGGGGAUAUACCUUGUUCUUGGUGUUGGUCCGACUGCUGCUCUCCAGUUUCGAUCUAUCCUCGGCUCCGAGACUGUGGACCCAUACGGCAGUGCUAUACGCAGCUCAGUGGCUGUUCAACGUGAUGGUCUUCCGCUCUGCAGUCAUUCACCCAAUUUCGCGUCGCGCCUUGACUCUCAGCAGCAUUCAAUUUGCGCUCAGCAGCUUCCUUUUACUGUUGACCCUCACCACUCGACGCGGCAACAAGCCUGUUUUGGUUGAACGGGAGGAGGGCUUGGAGCCUCCUCAUCACCCACGAGCUAGCUUGCUGUCUCUGGCGACUUUUGCGUGGUUGGAUCCAUUGGUGUGGAAGGGAUAUCGUCAGCCUCUUGAGCUCUCGGAUGUGUGGAACUUGACCCCGACGCAAAAGGCCGCGGCUGUCCUCACGGACUUCAGAAAUCGACAAAUGAAGGGUUCUCUGGCUUGGAAGCUCGUCCGCUUCUUCAGCGGAACCAUUCUCAAGCAAGGAGCAUGGACGAUCUUUGCCGACCUUUUCGUGUUCGUACCAAGUCUCCUCCUCAAGGCCAUUCUGGAGUAUGUUGAGGAUCCACGAUCAACUACUCCCAAUGCUGCGUGGCUCUAUGCGAUUCUGCUGUUCUUCUCUGCACUCAUCCAAGGCGUUGCAGCCGGCCAAGCUCUCUAUAUUGGGCGCAAGAUGGGAGUCCGUAUUCGUGCCAUUAUCAUCGGUGAAAUCUACGCGAAAGCGCUCCGACGGAAGGCAGGCGCGGCCACGGACGCUGCUCGAAAAGCGAUUGAGGAGACCAAGACUACCAAUGAUGCCAAGUCUGAGAAAAAGAAGUUUUUCUCUUUUGCCCGUAAAAAGAAGGCUACCUCUGCUGAUGGACAAGAUACGGAAGCCGCCCCUGUCAAACCCCCUGCCGCCGACCUCGAUGAUACUGCUGGCCAAGCAAAUGUUGGAACUAUCAUUAAUUUGAUGGCAAUUGACUCUUUCAAGGUCAGCGAAGUUGGUGCGUAUCUGCAUUUCUUGUGGGCAAGUGUUCCAACGCAAGUCAUCAUGGCGAUUACAUUGCUUUAUAAGAUCAUGGGCUUCAGCGCCUUUGCAGGUAUUGUCUUGAUGGCCCUGAUGCUGCCCGUCAAUCUUUUCAUUGCCCGUCAAUUCAGUAAAGUUCAGAACGCCAUUCUGAAGGGAACGGAUGCUCGUAUUCACGCGACGAAUGAGGUUCUUCAAAAUAUCCGAAUCAUCAAAUACUUUGCAUGGGAGCAGCGUUUCCAGGACGUCGUGAACGAGAAGCGCAAGGCGGAGCUUAAAUCUCUUCGCCGACGUUAUAUUCUGUGGUCUUGUGCGGCGACUGUGUGGUACGGAACGCCUAUCUUGAUCACCUUGCUCUCGUUCUUCCUGUAUACCGUGGUCGAAAAGAAACAGUUGACUCCAUCGGUCGCCUUCCCUGCCUUGUCGAUGUUCUCCCUCCUGCGUGUGCCGUUGGAUCAGCUUGCCGACAUGGUAGCUCACGUGCAAGAGUCCAAGGUAUCAUUGGACCGUGUUGAUGAGUACUUGAAUGAGGAAGAGACGGAAAAGUACACUCAAUUGCGCGAGACUGAUACUGAUGGUCCUUCUCGUGUUGCGCUGGAGGGGGCCACGCUGACUUGGGGCACCACUAACUCGCGUCCCGGAGCGGCCUCUGCAUCAGGCAAUGGCACAGACGCAUUCCGUCUCAUUGAUGUGACUGUCGACUUUCCGAUUGGUCGUCUCAGUAUUAUCGCUGGACCUACGGGCUCAGGCAAGACCUCGUUGCUCAUGGCUUUGCUUGGCGAAAUGCGUCUGGUCGAAGGUCGGGUUCAUCUCCCGGGAGGCAUGGGGAAUCGAGCCGAGUUGCCUGUCGAUCCCGAGACUGGUCUCAUUGACAGUGUUGCUUAUUGUGCCCAAGAGGCCUGGCUGGUGAAUGCCACAGUCAAGGAGAAUAUCAUCUUUGCGUCUCCGUACGAUGAGAAGCGCUACCGUGCUGUGUUGAAGGCCUGUGCGCUCGAGCGUGACAUCGAGAUCCUGGAUGCCGGGGAUCAGACCAUGGUCGGAGAAAAGGGAAUUAGUCUCUCGGGUGGUCAGAAACAGCGUAUCUCUUUGGCCCGCGCUAUUUACAGCAGUGCUCGGCACUUACUCCUCGACGACUGCCUGUCGGCUGUUGAUUCACAUACUGCCAAGCAUAUCUUCCGUCAAGCCCUUACUGGCCCGCUGAUGUUGCACCGCACAUGUGUUCUCGUCACGCACAACACAGCUUUGACAGUCCCCCAAGCGGACCACGUCGUUGUUCUGGAAAAUGGCAAGGUGGUCGCGCAAGGCAAACCCGAGGAACUGGCAUCGUCUGGUGCUCUGGGCGAUGAAUUCAUGAAGUCUGUGCCUGCUUCUCGGGUUAGUUCACGUGGUAUUUCACGUGCGCCUUCCCCGCAUGAGGAUGAGACUGUCGAUGAUGCGGAAGACGCGAAUGCCAAUGGUGCCGCGAGCAAGUCACAGCAGGAUGAAAAGUCACCGCUCACCGAGGGCAAGGCUGUCGGUAGUAUCAAGUGGUCAACGGUCAUUAUGUACUUGCGUUCAAUGGGCUCCUGGUACUACUGGGUACUUGCCGUUUCCGUGUUUUGCAUGCAGCAGCUGGGCUCGGUGUCCACCAAUCUGUGGAUCCGACAGUGGGCAAAUUCAUACCGCAUAUCGAGCGGAAAGCUUGACGGUGACGCUGGUGAUUACGCUGCUGCUGCUCACCUUCAUCCCCCAACGUUCACCGUUGGUAGUGUUUCGAAGAUGAACACCUGGGGUACAUUACAAUUCGGAUCGCAAUCCGAGGUCACUGUGGCCACUGACGCACAUGUCGAUGUCGGUUACUACUUGGGCGUCUAUGCGCUUCUGGGUCUUGCCUAUAUUGUCAUCUCCUUGUCUCGCGAGGCCGUACUAUUCUGGGGCUCUCUGCAGGCAUCAUGGAAAAUUCAUGACAAUCUUCUCCGGGCGGUGAUGCACGCAAAAUUCCGUUUCUUCGACUCAACCCCUCUUGGCCAGCUCAUGAAUCGAUUCUCCAAGGAUGUCGAGGCAGUUGAUCAAGAGGUCGCCCCCGUAGCUAUUGGCAUGCUGCACAGCUUGGCGUCAGUUAUCAUGAUUGUUAUUCUCAUCUCCGUCAUUACGCCCGGCUUCUUGAUCGCUGGUCUGUUCAUUACACUCGUGUACACUGCUCUUGGUGCCAUCUAUUUGAACUCGUCCCGUGACCUUAAGCGCCUGGAAUCAGUGCAACGCAGUCCUCUGUACCAGCAAUUCGGCGAGACUCUCAAUGGCAUCGUCACGAUCCGCGCGUACGGUGAUGGCCCUCGCUUUAUCGUUGACAAUCAUCGUCGUAUCAAUGCGUACAACCGGCCGCAUCUCUAUCUCUGGGCGAGCAACCGCUGGCUCGCUCUUCGUGUCGACUGGACCGGCGCUCUGGUGUCGUUCUUCUCGGCUACAUUUGUGCUGAUCAACGUUGGAAAAAUCGACGCCGGUGCAGCUGGUCUGUCUCUGACGUACGCUGUGACCUUUACCGAAAACGUGCUCUGGCUGGUUCGUCUGUACUCGGAGGUGCAGCAGAACAUGAACUCCGUCGAACGUGUGCGCGAGUACCUUGAGGUAGACCAAGAAGCCGCUGCGGUCAUCCCAGACUCGCGACCCGAUGCUGAAUGGCCCACUCACGGCGCCGUUCAGUUCAAAGGCUAUUCCACGCGGUAUCGUCCCGACCUGGAUCCUGUGCUCAGGGAGGUCUCCUUCUCCGUCAAGGCUGGGGAGAAGGUCGGCAUCGUCGGUCGUACUGGUGCGGGCAAGAGUUCACUGGCCUUGGCCUUGUUCCGUGGCCUGGAGGCCGAACAGGGUCAGAUUGUGAUUGAUGGCGUUGACAUCGGCGCGAUUGGCUUGCGGGAUCUCCGCGAGGCCAUCACGAUCGUUCCUCAAGAUCCCACUCUGUUUACUGGUACCAUUCGCAGCAAUCUUGAUCCUUUUGGUCUAUUCAGUGACGAGGAAAUUUUCACGGCUCUCCGUCGGGUUCACCUGGUUGGCUCCAGUGCAUCGGGCGCCGCGACACCGACGACUUCGAGCACCGCCGUUGAGGCGCAGGAUAUUACCGGUGCAGCCGGCUCUACGAUGGACAACAAGAAUGUCUUCCACAAUCUGGACAGCCUCGUCUCCGAGUCUGGCUCGAACCUUUCGCAGGGCCAGCGACAACUUCUGUGUCUGGCUCGUGCACUUCUUAAGAAGCCACGAGUUCUGAUGAUGGACGAAGCCACAGCUUCGAUUGACUACGCCACGGACGCCAAGAUUCAAGUGACCCUUCGGGAGCUCCACGACCGCACCAUCAUUACUAUUGCCCAUCGCCUGCAAACCAUCAUUGAUUACGACAAGGUCUUGGUGCUCGACCACGGACGUGUCAUUGAGUACGAUCACCCCUGGAAGCUCAUCAGCAAGGAAGACGGUUUCUUCCGUAGCAUGUGCGAGAACAGUGGGAACCUGGAAGUUCUCGUCGAUGGUGCUAAGCGGGCCUGGUCUCAAAAGCACCUGGUAGAUGAUUCCUAG